GUGAAGGCGCAGGUGGGCUGAACUGUCCAAGUAUUUCACCAUUAAACCGUGGAACAGCUGUAACGCUAUCAUACUGUCACAAGACCGUUUGCUACUGAAUGAUAUCAUUGGUUCUCAUGAUCGGUGAUAAGAACAAAAGGACAAUGGAAACAAGGACUCGAACAUUAUCCACAGCCCUCAAAGCAAUUGUCAAAACCUUUUAAAAUUAGAAGUUCACAAGUGGUAUCGAUACAUUUUGCUUUGACGAAGAGAGAGUGAGAGUACACCCUUAUUUAUGGCUGCCGUUGAAAGCUUUAGCAGUUACACCUGGUUGGCUGUAAUCUUUAGCUUUUUGGCGUUCAUCUACUGGCAAGGUCUCAGUCGUUAUAAUUCGAUUCUUAGCGGUUCUCCUCUGCCGGGUCCAAAAGUAUGGCCGUGGAUCGGUAACCUCCUCGAUAUAUUCAAAUAUGGAGGCAUACAUAAGAUGUUCUUAAACUACUUCUACAAGUAUGGACAAGUACAUACGAUGUGUUUUGGUCGCACACCAGUUAUUGUUGUAAGCGAUCCUGAAAUUGUCAAGCAAAUUUUGGUCAAGGACUUUUAUAAGUUCCCAAAUCGACCUUCCUUCAUUAAACCGAACCCUCCGCUGGAUUCAGGACUCUUCCAAGCAGAGAACGGCAAAUGGAAGCGUAUUCGCACAACAGUAGCUCCAACUUUUACAGCGAGCAAACUAAAGGGGAUUGUACCGAUAAUAGACGAUGCCUCGCAAAAGCUUCUGGCCAAAAUGGAAUGGCUUGCCAAAACCGGUGAAUCAGUGGAUGUCAACCGUCUGUUCAGUCUCUUUGCCUUGGAGGUGAUCAUGAAAGCAGGCUUUGGAUAUGACAGCGACAUUCAAAUGAAUCCAGAUCCAGAAUUUGUCGAAAAAGCUAAAAACGUCUUUAAAACACCUGUCGUUAUCAGAGUGUUCUCUUUGUUUCCCUUCUGGACCUACUUCAGCCGAUACUUCAGCCUACUCCAAAAUAUAGAAUAUUUUAUCUCCAUAGCAAAAGAAAUGCUUCAAAAGAGGGCUCGAAAAAGUCCAACAGCAAAGAAAGACUUGGUGGAGCUUAUGAUGGAAGCUCAGGAGAACAUUGUUGAUGGAGUCAGCAGGUUAAGCGACGAUGAAGUUGUGGCUCAAUCCAUCACUUUCUUAGUGGCCGGCUUCGAGACAACUGGUAGCACUUUAACAAGCACAGCAUACCUCUUAGCUACCAAUCCAGUGGUUCAAGAAAAGCUCAUUGAGGAGAUCGACAAAGCAGAAGCAGAGAGGGCCCGUAACAGCUAUCCUCUUUAUGACCAUGUGCAAAAACUCGGAUACUUGGAUCAGGUCAUCUCCGAGGUCCUACGCCUUUGUUCCCCAGCCUUCAAUCUUGUUCGUAGCUGUGAAGAAGAAGCAGUCUACAAAGGCAUCCGGUUUCCCAAGGGAGUUGAAGUCAACAUACCGUCAUACGUUCUGCACCGGGAUCCACAGGUCUGGGAGAAUCCACUGGAGUUUAACCCAGAGAAUUUCUCCCCUGAAGCGAAAGAGAAGCGGAACCCGUAUUCCUACAUGCCAUUCGGAACAGGCCCGCGUCAUUGCAUAGGGAUGCGCUUCGCUCUGUUAGAGAUCAAACUCGCUCUGGUGAAGGUCUUGCAGCGAUUCAAAUUUGAGCGUGCUCCAGAAACUGUAGCUACACUGGAGCACCGGGCUGUGAUAUUAAUGGCACCAAAAGACAUGAUAUACCUUAAGAUAAAAGCACGUUAGAACAACCACGGAGCGUCUUUUGUUGGUAGUAUUUGCAUAUUAAAGCUGUCAAUAUAAUCUUAAAGCAUAACCUUUUCUUAUAUUCCCUACUCACCUAAGUGUUGGUAUUUAUGCAUAUGACAAAUAACUGCAGAGCCUAGUGUAGCAGUUUAGUGGCCUCUGCUCAGCGGCAUCUUAUGGUAUAAACGUCACAGUCAGUGGCUUUUGUGAUCAGCAACUCAUAGCUGGGCUUAAGCAACGUAUCGCAAAAAUUGUUAUGUGAUGAAUUUAGGUUUAAUUAAAAUGCCUAAAAAAAAGACCUCUCAACCUAUAUUUUUAGAGUAGGUGACUGUUCCGUAAGUGUAUUUUUUAAAGGUUGCUUCGAGGCUAGAUUUGCUCCUUUUUUUUUCUCCCAUCAUAAAAUUUCAUCGCAGCAUGAAUCUAUUUCGCUCUCAAAUUUCUACGCUAGUUUGAGUUUCAGUAUUCGAAAGAAACACCACCCGUUAUGUUAAUAUUACGAAAUCUUUUCUUUUCAUUUUAUCCGUACAAUUUGUUUCAUCGUUUUGCUUCGCACACAUAAUUUCUGGAGUCGUAUCUCGGUCAAAAUAAUGUCUUCUUAUGAUGCUGUAUCUUUCAAACGGUUUAGCUUUUUAUCAUUGUUUUUUUCCACAAUUGUGCUGUUAAAAAAGAAACGAUUUUCUGUUCUACCGAUCACUUCUGUAUUCUGGAGACAGAAGAACAUUUAAAAAAAACUUUUCUGUUAGAGUGCGCAGCCCACUUCCGGCAAUUUUCUUUAGCUCCUGAUUUCAGCUUAAACCUGAUCGGAAACUUAAUACCUCGCGCCUCUCAGAUAGAUAUUAAUAUUCUCCUAACAGUCCUCUUUACAUUU